AUGGCGUCGAACGUCGUAGUUCUCGACAGCUCCUUUAGGCGUGCGGUGAUCAAGGUCAACCCAGGAACAUAUAUGACAGAUGUGCUGGAGCAAGCCUGCAAGAAGUUGAAUCUCAAAUCUAGCAACUACGGUCUCAAACAUAACAACAAGCUCGUCGAACUGUCCAGCCCAUACAGACAAACAGGCCUCGUCCCCGGCGCAAAGCUUGAGCUCGUCAUUGCCUCCCGCUCUCCCUCCGUCGUAUCUGUAGCUCUCCAGUUACCAGAAUCAGUGGCAGGAUCUAUACCUGGUGGACGAUUAAUAGACAAGUUCCCUAGUGACACUACACUAUGGCUCAUCUUGCGGAAAUUCGAAUCCAAAGACUUGGGCCAGAACCUAAACUUCACUGCGCGGGGUAUAACGCAGAUUGAGAAUGGUGGAGCUUCAGGCGCAGGUCGGAUAUUCUACGAGAUGCCUACGUUGAACAUAAUGGGACGGGACUUCUCUGACUUCGGAGGCUUACAGAAGAAUUUGGCACAGCUGGGCUUCAACCAGGGAAGCGUGGCUAUCAGACUAGGCUUUAAGGCAACGGAUCAACCGCUGGAGGAGGCGAUGAAGGAGAUCGGACAGUACUUCAAGGAGGAGGCUGCGCCUGGUAGUGAAGUCGCCAAAGAGCCCAAAGAGGAGCUUCAGACUGUCACGGAUGCCGUUGCAAAGCUUCCAUCUAACGAGCCUGAGGAUGUCGAUAUGGCAAACACAGAUGGUCAGGAAGUUCCGACUUCCUCGGAUCCAGUACCAACCAGUGAAGGUACACAACCAGCACCUCUAACUCCGUCCAAACGACCUGCUCCCUCCCAAUCGUCACCAGAAUCCCAAAUACUAGGACCCGAUCAACGCCCAAUUGAAGUCUACGCUGCCCCUUCAGACUCAACACCCAAAGCCGCUCUUCGCCCAGAUAACGAAGAUGACUACGAACCCACAGUCGCUCAUGCUAAACUCCACCAAACCCGUCUCAAGGAGAGCUCAGUCAACAAGCGCCUCGUCUCAUAUGAAGAACAAGAGCGUCUCGAGCAGGAAAAGGCCUUGAAACUGGCUAAGAAAACCAAAGUCACCAUCAAAAUCCGCUUCCCAGAUCAACAGAGCACAGUAGCUACCUUCACAGCCGACGAAACAGGAAACAGUCUCUACGCCUUUGUCACAGCUUUGAUAGCUGCCGAAACUCAACCAUUCAAGCUCGUUUACAAGAAUCCAGGUCCGCAAGCUGUCCCAAGGAGUGACAUGAAGCUGAUUAAGGAUUUGGGAUUUGAGGACAGGGUUCUGGUUGAUUUUGUCUGGGAGGAUGCUGCCAGUGAGGAAGCGAGGAAGAAGCCAGUGCUGAAAUCGCAGUAUGUGCAAGCUGCGAAGGAGAUUCCUGUUUUGGAGCCGCCGAAGGAUGAUCCUAAGGAAGAGGCCGGAGUCGCAGCUGGAGAGGCAAGUGUUGAUAAGGGCAAGGGGAAGGAGGUUCCGGGUGGUGGAAAGAGUAAGGGUGGUGUUCCCAAGUGGUUUAAGGGACUAGGCAAGAAGUGA